AUGACCGGCGACGAGAAGCACUGGGAAGCGGAGGCACUUCACCUCAGAAGAAUCGCCUUCUUCGGCGUGGCCCUUUCUACCGUGGCCACCCUCGUCUGUGUGAUCUCCGUGCCCAUGCUGUACAACUACAUGCAGCACAUGCAGUCCGUCAUGCAGAACGAAGUCGACUUCUGCAAGUCACGCUCAGGGAACAUCUGGAGAGAAGUCACUCGUACUCAGGUUCUUGCUGCACCUACCAGGAAGGCCCGUCAGGCCGGUGGAUGCUGUGGAUGUGGAGUUUCUCCAGCUGGACCUCCUGGACCUCGUGGACAAGACGGACAACCUGGAUCUGAUGGUCGACCAGGGCAGCCUGGCAGAAAUGGUCCUGAUGGGCCACCAGCCACGCCAGCUCCUCCUCCUCCACAACCAUGCUUCAAUUGCCCUCCCGGUCCUCCUGGUCCACCUGGAAGUCCAGGAAACAAAGGAGCACCAGGAAAUCCUGGAUCUGAUGGACUACCCGGAAACCCAGGCCAGCCUGGAAAUGCCGGUCCUCCUGGACCCCCAGGAGUACUCACCCAAGGACCUGGUUCUCAAGGACCCCCUGGACCUCCUGGACCUCGAGGAGCUCCUGGUCCCGAUGGACAGCCAGGUGCACCAGGAAACCCAGGACGAGAUGGUGGACCAGGACUACCUGGAGACAAUGGACGACCUGGUAAUGAUGGAAGGCCUGGAAAUGACGGAAGACCAGGAGAUGACGGUAACCAAGGACCUGGAGGAAGCUGCGACCACUGUCCACCUCCUCGCACUGCUCCAGGAUAUUAA